UGUUUUGAACUGUUCCACAACACAACUAAAAAUUGUAGAUAAAUAUUAUUCCAGCGGAUUCAUAGUCAAUUUUUUGGAAGUCAAAAUAUGUCCGAAGCUGCAAAGAAAAAUGGUAAGCAAAGCGAUGAUAAAACUGUAGACGGGGGAAAUCAGACAUCAGAUGUGGAAACGCAGUUGCAGGCCGAGGCCACUGAUGAUGAUGAUGAUGAUGAUGCAGAGCCAGCUGCUGCUGCUGGUGCUGCGGAUGGUGCUACUACUUCCGCUGCUGCUGCUGCUGCUCCGGCUGAUCGUGGCAAGGUCAGAAAGAAGCGAAGAGCUGGCAAAACCUUAACGCCGAGCGUCAUUUGUCGCAUCUGCAAGAUGCCCUCGUCGACCUACCGCAAGCCGGCUGGCGACAGCUCCGCUGAGGUGAUGUACACCAAUUCGGAAUUCACUUCAUUUUGUGAGUCCGAAAUUGGCGACAUUUUGCCGUCGACAUCGGUGAAACCCCAACGCAAACGGACAAUUGCCAAAAAGCAGACAAAAACCCUGAAAAAGAAGCGCAAAACUAAACGUUCGAUGAUGAAAUCGGUUCUAAGUUUGUGUCCAACUGAGGAUAUUUGUGGCAUAAAAAGUACACAAAGGAAGAUGACGACGAAGAAGAAGAAGAGCAAAGUAUCGAGAAAGUGCCUCUGCACCGAGGUGAAUGGCAACAUAUUCAAACUGAUGGACUUUCCACUUGGCGUCAACGAUGAGCAAUCCAUGAGGCGUUACAUCCGUCAACUGCCCACAUUCGCCAUUCGGCGUGCUUUCAAAAGCUCCAAAUAUUGUAAUUAAUUCUAUAAACAAAUAAAAAUACAAAUUGUGUGCUCAAAUGAGGACAAAGAGCUUUUCAGAUAAGAACACAUUUAAA